UUAAAUAAUUGCUUAGCCCGUAAUCAACCUUUAGGUGGAAAAUUAUGAAUUAUAUAGUUCAAAGGUCAACGGAAAUCAAUCGAGAAGAAAGUCUCUCCGAUUCCAUUUUAUUUGCAUUUUCUUAGCCUCCAAGUUCAUCAUCCAUCUUAUUUAUCCUCCCUACUCUUCUUCCCCAAAGCACAACGAACGCAAUUGAUCACGACCAGGAAAAGGGGAAUACAACCAAAGUGAUGGCCCCUUCAGCUGUUCUCGGCCCUCCGGAACUCUACUCCCGAACCUCGGGAGUGCACUCUGCGGCUGCAACCUCUGGCGAUGCCUUUGUCGACCUGAUGGUGGUGGAGUUCAACAAAUUUUCCACACGCACCGAGCCGCCGAGGGGCUUCACUGAGAACUACUCCGCCACCUACCUCUCCUCCGGCAACCCAUGCCUCGACUUCUUCUUCCACAUCGUGCCCGACACCCCGCCCGAGUCCUUGGCCGAGCGGCUUGCCCUGGCCUGGUCCCACAAUCCCCUCACGACACUUAAACUGAUGUGCAACCUCCGCGGGGUCCGUGGGACUGGGAAGUCCGACAAGGAAGGCUUCUACAGGGCGGCGUUAUGGCUCUUUAGGAACCACCCGAGGACGCUCGCGUGCAAUGUCGGGGCCUUUGCUGAUUUUGGCUAUUUCAAGGAUCUGCUGGAGAUCCUCUACCGCCUUCUCGAGGGCCCAGAUGUGAGGCGGAUUCAAAAGGAGGAGUGGCUGCAACGCAAGGGUGGGAGAAAGAGGAGAGCAAUGUCUCUGAUGAGGCGCAGACAUUUUGCUAAACCUGGUAGGAAGAAAAAGGAGGAGUCCGAGAAAUCAAACUCUUCCAUUCCGAGGGAGGAGGAUUGUGUCGCAAAGGCAAUGGCCAGGUCGAAGCAAGAAGAAGAGAAGGCAAGAGAUCUCAGGAGGGAAAAGAAGAUCGCCAUGGCCAGAAAACUGAUCGAACGGUACAAUCGGGACAGUGAUUUCCGCUUCCUCUAUGAUAAAAUCUCUGAGCAUUUUGCCCAGUCCUUGAGGAAGGAUUUGGAGUUCCUCCACUCGGGUGAGAUAAAUAAGAUUGGGCUCGCCGCCAAGUGGUGCCCCUCGAUCGACUCUUCAUUCGACCGAUCCAUCCUCCUAUGCGAGAGCAUAGCGAAGCUAAUUUUCCAACGUGAGUCGUACCCAGAGUACGACGGCGUUGAGGAGGCACAUUACGUGUAUAGAGUCCGUGAUAGACUGAGGAAGGAGGUACUUGUGCCACUGCAAAAGGUCCUGGAACUGCCCGAAGUGUACAUGGGCGCGAAUGACUGGGGCUCAAUCCCGUACAACCGUGUCGCCUCCGUGGCGAUGAAACUUUACAAGGGCAAGUUCAUGAAGCAUGACAAGCAGCGGUUUCAGGAGUACCUGGACAUGGUGAAGUCAGGAAAGGCGAAAAUUGCUGCCGGCGCUCUGCUCCCCCACGAAAUUAUAGCAUCCCUAAAUGACGGGGAAGAAGACGUCAGGGAGGUAGCUGAGCUCCAGUGGAAGAGAAUGGUGGAUGACCUUCUAAAAUCCGGGAAGCUCGAGAAUUGUAUUGCUGUUUCUGAUGUCUCAGGUAGCAUGACGGGGAUCCCUAUGGAGGUCUCCGUUGCGCUUGGGAUCCUGGUCUCGGAGCUGAGCAAAGAUCCGUGGAAGGGGAAGGUGAUCACGUUCAGCGAGAGUCCUCAGCUCCACUUGAUCAAGGGAGAUGAUCUGGCUGCAAAGACGCAGUUCGUGAGGAACAUGGACUGGGGAGGCAGCACCAACUUUCAGAAGGUGUUUGAUCUGAUACUCGAGGUGGCAAAGAAGGGGAAGCUGAGUUCCGAUCAGAUCGUGAAGCGGGUGAUCGUGUUUAGCGACAUGGAGUUCGACCAGGCGUCACGGGACCCCUGGGAGACCGACUAUCAAGUGAUCAAGAGGAAGUUUAGGGAGGCAGGCUAUGAAGAUGCGGCUCCACAGAUUGUGUUCUGGAACCUGAGGAACUCUAGGUCCACUCCUGUGAGCGGGACACAAGAAGGGGUCGCCCUAGUCAGCGGUUUCUCGAAAAACCUGCUCAACCUUUUCUUGGACAAGGACGGGCAGAUCGACCCCGAAUUGGUCAUGCUCGAGGCGAUUUCCGGAGAGGAGUACCAGAAGCUGGUGGUGAUGGAUUGAUUGAUCCUCGAGAAGUUCUAGUAAUAAGAAAGAUCAAAUUCUGAUGUUUUCUUUUCAGAAGUUGAUGUACUCGAUCAGUUUGCAUAUAUGCUCCAAAAGGAAAAUGAGAUCAACAAAAACUUAUCA